UUACAUGAGUCACUUCCGGGUCGUGCGGCUCAGACCGGAAGUGAGCGCUUUGAGUCCGCACAAAACAAACAGAAUGGCCGAUGAAGAGGAGGAGGCCGGGUUUGAGGAGGAGCCGGAGGAGGCGCACGGAGGAGUGGAGUCUGGACACGGACGACGCAAAAGACUCUUCUCCAAAGAACUCCGGUGCAUGAUGUACGGCUUCGGAGACGACCAGAACCCGUACACCGAGUCUGUGGACAUCCUGGAAGAUCUGGUCAUCGAGUUCAUCACGGAAAUGACCCACAAGGCCAUGUCCAUCGGACGCCAGGGCAGGGUCCAGGUGGAGGACAUCGUUUUCUUGAUCCGUAAAGACCCGCGGAAGUUCGCCCGAGUGAAGGAUCUGCUGACGAUGAACGAGGAGCUGAAGAGGGCGAGGAAGGCCUUCGACGAGGCCAACUACGGCUCCUAGGGUCAGAGGUCG